AUGGUUGAAGAGACGGCAAACAAGCGGCGCAAGGUUGAUGCACAGCCGGGAUCGUUCACGGAUACCCUUGCGAGCUUGGGCGAGGCUGAGGAGCCACUCCUCGAUCCCACCGUCGUAUGGGAGCGCCCUAGUCUGGACUCGCUCGAUCCCUCGACGGAUAAUAUCAUAUUCCAGCAAAUCGACGUGGAAGAGUGUCAAAUGCCCCAAGCAUCUCCCGAGAUCCGCAUGUAUGGCACGACACAGGAAGGACACCCUGUGUUGGUCCACGUUCAUGGGUUUCUCCCUUACUUCUAUGUGCAUGCGCCCCGCGGCUUUACGCAGGCUACAUGCCAGGACUUUAAGAACUACCUGAAUACCACUUUUGGCGCGAAUAGUGUCGCAGAUAUUUCGCUGGAGAGCAAGAAGAACCUGUUGCAGUAUACAGGGCCGGAGAAUAUUGCCUUCAUCAAGAUACGUAUCAUAUCUACUAACCUUGUACGUUCGUUUGAGCGUGGCGAGCUUGGGUUCCGUGAUCUCUUUGUGCCAGGCGAUGCCCAAGUCUCGUUUGACAAUGUGGCCUAUACUAUGCGAUUCAUGAUCGACCACGAAAUUGUCGGCAUGAACUGGAUCCAAGUCAAAGCUGGUCAUUAUACGGUGCGGGAGCCGAAUGCGUGCCUUUCGCGAUGCCAAAUUGAGGUGGACUGUCGUCCAGAUGGCAUUCACAGCUAUGCGCCGCAUGGCGAAUGGCUCAAGAUGGCGCCUUUGCGUAUUUUGAGCUUCGAUAUCGAAUGUGCUGGUCGCAAAGGCGUAUUCCCUGACCCGCAAAUCGAUCCUGUGAUUCAGAUCGCCAACAUGGUCACUCGACAGGGCGAGUCUACGCCGUUUGUCAAGAAUAUAUUUACGUUGGGCUCCUGCUCGCACAUUGUCGGAUGCCAUGUCAUGUCGUUCGACAAUGAACGUGAGAUGCUUGAGGCGUGGGCCGACUUUGUGCAGCGCGUUGAUCCUGAUGUGGUGAUUGGGUACAACAUAUCGAACUUCGACUUUCCGUAUUUGCUAGAUCGUGCCAAAGCACUGCGGUCGACCAGCUUUCCCUUCUUGGGGCGCGAGAAAAAUGCACGGAGCGAGGCGAAGGAUACGCAUUUCUCCUCCAAGGCGUAUGGUACGCGUGACUCUAAGCACACGGAAUUGCAAGGACGUAUUCAGCUGGAUAUGCUGCAGGUAAUGCAGCGUGACUACAAGCUUCGCAGUUACUCCCUCAACUCUGUGUCGUUUGAAUUCCUAAAGGAACAGAAGGAGGAUGUGCAUCACUCGCUGAUUACAGAGCUGCAGAAUUCCGGCCCUGAAGCGCGCCGUCGUUUGGCCGUGUACUGCUUGAAGGAUGCGUACCUGCCGCAGCGACUGCUUGACAAGCUCAUGUGUCUGAUUAACUACACGGAGAUGGCGCGUGUCACUGGUGUGCCUUUCAAUUACUUGCUGAGUCGUGGCCAGCAAAUCAAGGUCAUUUCGCAACUGUUUCGCAAAGCGCGUGAUGAUGGCUACCUUAUUCCCGCGUACAAAGGCGAUGGCGGAGACGAGCAGUACGAGGGUGCUACGGUGCUGGAUCCGAAGCAAGGGUACUACGACAAGCCUAUUGCGACUUUGGAUUUCGCGUCCCUGUACCCGUCCAUUAUGAUGGCGCACAACCUAUGUUAUACCACACUGCUGGAUAAGCGCACCAUUGACCGUCUUCAGCUGGUCGAAGGCCAGGACUAUGUCGUGACGCCCAACAACAACUACUUUGUCAAGUCGAGUGUGCGUAAAGGCCUUUUGCCAGAGGUGCUGGAGAAUUUGCUGGCUGCCCGCAAAGCAGCGAAGGCUGAUCUGAAGAAGGAAACCGAUCCCUUUCGACGGGCUGUGCUGGACGGCCGGCAGUUGGCACUGAAGAUCAGUGCCAACUCUGUGUAUGGGUUCACAGGUGCGACGGUGGGCCGUCUGCCAUGCCUGGAGAUUUCGAUGAGUGUUACGGCGUAUGGUCGUCAGAUGAUUGAGGAGACGAAGCGGCAGGUGGAAGGGCAUUACACUGUGAAGAACGGGUACGAGCAUGAUGCCAUGGUGAUUUACGGCGACACCGAUUCCGUCAUGGUCAAGUUUGGCGUGCCGGAUCUCAAGCGGGCGAUGGAGUUGGGCGCUGAAGCUGCGGAGCUUGUAUCGAAAUCGUUUAUCCAUCCCAUCCGCCUUGAGUUCGAAAAGGUAUACUUCCCCUACUUGCUGAUCAGCAAGAAGCGCUAUGCGGGUCUGUACUGGACGCGGCCGGAUACCUAUGACAAAAUGGAUACCAAGGGUAUCGAAACGGUGCGUCGUGACAACUGCCGGCUGGUACGUACGGUCAUCGAGACGUGCCUGCGCAAAAUGCUGAUCGACCGUGACGUCCAAGGCGCUGAAGCGUAUGCGAAGCAGGUCAUUGCCGAUCUGCUGCAGAACAAGAUCGACAUGUCGCAACUUGUUAUUUCCAAAGCGCUGGCCAAGGCUGACUAUGCAGCCAAGCAGGCACAUGUCGAGUUGGCGGAGCGCAUGCGUAAGCGCGAUGCCGGCUCGGCGCCGUCGCUGGGCGAUCGUGUGGCGUAUGUCAUUGUGAAGGGCAGCAAAGGCAGUGCAGCGUACGAAAAGUCGGAAGAUCCGCUUUAUGCGCUGGAACACAAUAUCCCAAUCGAUACACGCUAUUACCUGGACAACCAGCUUUCGAAGCCGCUCAUGCGUAUAUUCGAGCCGAUCCUGGGCGAUCGUGCGAGCUCGCUGCUGAGUGGCGAGCACACACGUGUUCUCCAGGUGGCCACGUCGAAUGUCGGUGCGUUGAUGAAGUUCGCUGUGAAGACUGUGCAGUGCUUGGGCUGCCGCACUCCGCUGAAGAACCAAAAAGCGGCCGUGUGCGACAAUUGCAAGUCGCGUGAGACGGAAUUGUACUUUGAGAAGCUCAUGCGGGCCUCUGCGGCGGAGAUAGAGUUCAGUCGGCUCUGGACGUGCUGUCAGCGGUGCCAAGGCUCAUUGGCGCACGAUGUGUUGUGCUCCAACCAAGACUGCCCCAUUUUCUUCAAGCGCAAGCGUGCACAAAUGGACGCGGAAGAUGCAGCGAAGGUCGUGCAGCGUUUCGAUACCUCUUGGUAG